GGUCUGUCUGGCUUUAUUAACAGGCUCAGAAUAAAGGGGAAAGGUCUGUUUGUCCUCGUCACAGGCAAACAAGGGGGUCAUCUGCACGCGUUUUAUCUGAGUCACGUGGCGAUGGGUGGUUCUUCACAGUGUGCCGUUCCAGAAACACAAAUAAAUGAAGGGGUUUCUUAAUCACCGCUGUUUUCUAGGAACACAGGGCCCAGGUAAAGUUCAACUUCACCUUCCUCGGUGUUUCAUCAGGGGAACCCUUCUGGAAGCAAAGAUGUGUACUUCUUACUGCUGGCCAAAUAGCUUCUUAACAAGGAUGAAAGAGAGGAAGACGCUGGGAGAGGAGGCGCCGUGGCUCGCGCCAGUUAGUAACGCAUCACAGCUCGCGGUCGUCGAACUACAAGUCCCAGGGAGCAACGCUCGCUUUCUCGCCUACUGCGGGCGCGAACGAGGCGCCUCGGGGCCUGACGGGAACCACAGUGGUUUGGCUGAAUGACGGAAAAGUCAUUUGAGCGGGUCUUCAUUUUUCGGAAGAAUAUCUCAAAAGCUCUUCAAACAAGGCAUGGACACAGAAUCUAGAAAAUGAUAAAGAAUCAAUGAUAACGUUAUUUCCACGGGGGCCAGACCGGGAUCCACCCGAGCAAGAUGAUGGUGGUGCUACCCCAGUGCAGGAUGAACGGGAUUCAGGGUCAGACGGUGAGGAUGAUGUAAAUGAGCAACACUCCGGAUCAGACACUGGAAGUGUAGAACGUCAUUCAGAGAAUGAACCUAGUGAUCGAGAAGAUGGCCUCACCAAAGGACAUCAUGUGACAGACUCUGAGAAUGAUGAGCCCAUAAAUCUUAAUGCUAGUGACUCUGAAAGUGAGGAGCUUCAUAGGCAAAAGGACAGUGACUCUGAAUCUGAGGAACGUGCAGAGCCUCCUGCAAGCGAUUCUGAAAAUGAGGAUGUCAAUCAGCACGGGAGCGACUCUGAGAGUGAAGAGACCAGGAAAUUACCUGGGAGUGACUCUGAAAAUGAGGAACUUCUUAAUGGGCAUGCAAGUGACUCAGAAAACGAAGAUGUUGGGAAGCAUCCCGCCAGUGAUUCUGAGAUUGAGGAGCUCCAGAAGAGUCCUGCUAGUGACUCUGAAACAGAAGAUGCUCUGAAACCUCAAAUCAGUGACUCUGAGAGUGAGGAACCCCCAAGGCACCAAGCCAGUGACUCCGAAAAUGAGGAGCCUCCCAAACCUCGAAUGAGUGAUUCUGAAAGUGAGGAGCUUCCUAAACCUCAGGUCAGUGAUUCGGAAAGUGAGGAACCCCCAAGGCACCAGGCCAGUGACUCUGAAAACGAGGAGCUUCCCAAACCUCGUAUCAGUGACUCCGAAAGUGAAGACCCUCCAAGGCACCAGGCCAGUGACUCAGAAAAUGAAGAGCUUCCCAAACCCCGAAUCAGUGAUUCGGAAAGUGAGGAUCCCCCAAGGAACCAGGCCAGUGAUUCUGAAAACGAGGAGCUACCCAAACCCCGAGUCAGUGACUCUGAGAGUGAGGGGCCUCGGAAGGGACCUGCCAGUGACUCAGAAACUGAGGAUGCGUCCAGACACAAACAGAAGCCAGAGUCAGAUGAUGACAGCGACAGGGAGAAUAAGGGAGAGGAUACAGAAAUGCAGAAUGAUUCCUUCCACUCAGACAGCCAUACAGACAGAAAAAAGUUUCACAGUUCUGAUAGUGAGGAGGAAGAACCCAAAAAGCAAAAACUGGACAGUGAUGAAGAUGAGAAAGAGGGUGAGGAGGAGAAAGUAGCAAAGAGAAAGGCGGCGGUGCUUUCCGAUAGUGAAGAUGGAGAGAAAGCAUCAGCAAAGAAGAGCCGUGUUGUCUCUGAUGCAGAUGACUCUGACAGUGAUGCUGUAUCAGACAAGUCAGGCAAAAGAGAGAAGACCAUAGCAUCUGACAGUGAGGAAGAAGCUGGGAAAGAAUUGUCUGAUAAGAAAAAUGAAGAGAAGGAUCUGUUUGGGAGUGACAGUGAGUCAGGCAAUGAAGAAGAAAAUCUUAUUGCAGACAUAUUUGGAGAAUCUGGUGAUGAAGAGGAAGAAGAAUUUACAGGUUUUAACCAAGAAGAUCUGGAAGAAGAAAAAAGUGAAACUCAGGUAAAAGAAGCAGAAGAUUCAGAUUCUGAUGAUAACAUAAAGAGAGGAAAACAUAUGGACUUUCUGUCGGAUUUUGAGAUGAUGUUGCAGCGAAAAAAGAGCAUGAGUGGCAAGCGCAGGCGGAACCGUGAUGGUGGCACCUUUAUUAGUGACGCAGACGACGUCGUGAGCGCCAUGAUCGUCAAGAUGAAUGAAGCUGCUGAGGAAGACAGACAGUUGAACAAUCAAAAAAAGCCGGCACUGAAAAAAUUAACUUUACUGCCUACUGUAGUUAUGCACCUUAAGAAGCAGGACCUUAAAGAAACAUUCAUUGACAGCGGUGUGAUGUCUGCCAUCAAAGAAUGGCUCUCACCUCUACCAGACAGGAGUUUGCCUGCACUCAAGAUCCGGGAGGAGCUGCUGAAGAUCCUGCAAGAGCUGCCUAGUGUGAGCCAGGAGACCCUGAAGCAUAGUGGGAUUGGACGAGCAGUGAUGUAUCUCUAUAAACACCCCAAGGAAUCAAGGUCCAACAAGGACAUGGCAGGGAAAUUAAUCAAUGAGUGGUCUAGGCCUAUAUUUGGUCUUACCUCCAACUACAAAGGAAUGACAAGAGAAGAAAGGGAACAGAGAGAUCUAGAACAGAUGCCUCAACGACGAAGAAUGAACAGCACUGGUGGUCAGACACCCAGAAGAGACCUGGAAAAGGUGCUGACAGGAGAGGAGAAGGCUCUUAGACCUGGAGAUCCUGGAUUCUGUGCCCGGGCAAGGGUCCCAAUGCCCUCAAACAAGGACUAUGUGGUCAGGCCCAAAUGGAAUGUGGAAAUGGAGUCAUCCAGGUUUCAGGCGACCUCCAAGAAGGGUAUCAGUCGACUGGAUAAACAGAUGAGAAAGUUCACAGAUAUCAGGAAAAAAAGCAGAUCUGCCCACGCAGUGAAAAUCAGCAUUGAGGGCAACAAAAUGCCGUUGUGACCUUGCCUGGAAUGUGUCCCCGUCUCUACUCUGAGAAAUGCGCAAUGGACUCUUUGGAGAAAGAAGAUAUUUUAAAACAUUUUUAGUGUGUCUGUCAAUGGUUCCGUGUGUAUCAGAUGUUGUCAUAGGACUCUCAUUUCUCUCAGUUAUAUUUAAAACUGUUUGUUGUGUACUUUGUACAGAGGAAUACUAGUCAUACUUCUAUAAACUUUACACAAUAAAAUUUCAUUCUGAUUU